AUCCCUUCCCGCCCACAGCUGUUCGAUGGAGGCUGAGGUAGCCAUGUUGUAGCUAGCUGCGACGACAGCUUGUUGGCGGAAAGAAAGCAGAAAGCAGCUCCGUGUGUCUGUCUGCUCCCCCGGCUCCUUCCCGCUCCCUGGCAGCGGACACCAUGAGCGGCGGGACCCCGUACCUCGGCAGUAAGAUCAGCCUCAUCUCGAAGGCCGAGAUCCGCUAUGAAGGGAUCCUGUACACCAUCGACACCGAGAACUCGACCGUCGCACUGGCUAAAGGUCGCACCAGCCCCAGCCUGGACCCUCUGAGGAAGAGCCCGGCCCCGGAGCAGGUGAUCCAGACGUCCGCGUCUGCCCCGGCAGCGGCCCCCACCGCCCCGGCACCCGGGCUAGGACGCAGGAGCCCCGCCCACGCCCGCACAGCCCCCCCCUCCUCCGCCGUGCACAGCGCCCAGAAGGGCCCGCUGCACCUGGACGGCGUGGACACACGGAGGGGGGAGACCGCCAGGGGGGGGCGCGGAAGCCACAGCUGGUCGGCCCCCCGAACCAUCUCCGCCUCGCGCAUCAUGGCUGGGGACAGGUCAUCCACCGCAGGACUGCCCCCCUCUGUCUUCAGCCAAUCAGCGGCCGCCGGAGCGCCGGCGAGCCGGCGCGGGCGUGGGGGGGGCGGCGGGGGGGGGCACCGCGGCCGAGGACGCUUCAACGUCCGGCGAGACGGACCCGUGAAGUUUGAGAAAGACUUCGACUUCGAGAGCGCCAACGCGCAGUUCAACAAGGAGGACAUCGACAGGGAGUUCCAGAGCAAGCUGAAGCUGAAAGACGAGAAGACGGAGAAGGCGGUGAACGGCGAGGAGAAGGUGGACUCUGCCGUAGAGACCCAGACCAGCGAAGGGACGGCAGAGGACGAGGGAGACCCGCUCGGACCCAACUGCUACUACGACAAGUCCAAGUCUUUCUUCGACAACAUCUCCUGUGACGACACCAGGAAAGCCAACGAGAAGUCCGGCGUCUCCGGGUUCCCGAGGAUGUUUUCUGUCCCAGGGAUGGUUCUGGUCCGGACGGAGACGGGCCAGCUGGUGAUGGUCCCCCAGCAGGUUCUGGCCCAGGCGCAGGCCAAGACGCAGCAGGCCCAGGCCGCGGCCAACCUCAGCCAGAGACCGGCGGCGCCGACGGCCGGGAGCUCCAUCCGGGUCAGCACCGCUGCUACGGCUCCUCAGACGGUCCGCCUGGCCACCCCCGCUCAGACCAGAAUGGUUCAGACUCCCUCCGCUGUCGUACAGAAGGCCCUCUCGGUGGCGCCGGGCGCCGUGUCGGUAAAAAUGACUCCCCAGAAGGCUCAGACAGUGAUUACCGCGGGGGGGACAUCGGUGGCCAAACCUGCCGGCGUCCCGCUGACAAGCACCACGCCCGCCCCCGUGGCCACGACACCCGCCAGAGUCAACAUGGUGUCGCAGGAGAUGCAGGAAAACGUAAAGAAGUGUAAGAACUUUCUGGCCACUCUGAUCAAGCUGGCGUCGCACAACUCCCCCUCCCCCGAUACCUCCAAGAACGUCAAGGGCCUGGUGCAGGACCUGCUGGAUGAAGAGCACCAUGAACCCACCUCCGACGUGCGCUCUCAGCUGCGCUUCUUCGAGCAGUUGGAGCGGAUGGAGAAACAGAGGAAGGACGAGCAGGAGAGAGAGAUCCUGCUGAAGGCUGCCAAGAGUCGAGCUCGGCAGGAGGAUCCUGAACAGGCUCGUCUGAAGCAGAAAGCUAAAGAGAUGCAGCAGCAGGAGCUGGCUCAGAUCCGGCAGAGAGACGCCAACCUCACGGCUCUGGCCGCCAUCGGGCCCCGCAAGAGACGCAGGGGGGGCUCCCCGGGGGGGGGCGCCGGCUCAGAGGGAUAUCUAAAGCUGUAA